AUGUCAUCCUCACUUUGGCUGUUGCUCAUCUCGGCUGUACCAAUCGUACUCAGUUCACUCUAUACUCCACUCGAAAGCAGAUAUGAUCCAUCAGAGUUACAAUUGGCCGAUGUGCAACUGCAUGAACGCUCGAAAGCACGGGUGUUAGCAGAUUUGCCCGGAACGAAGAAUGAACGAAUGCGACGAAUACCGCAUGUGAUAACACCACUGCAUUAUUAUGUACGAAUCCGACCAUACUUNAACCUCGUAAGUGCUUUAAAUCACAGGAAUAUGACGUUUGAUGGGAUUCAAACGCUCAUUUUCCAAGUGGUGAAUAAUACAGAUGUGAUUACUCUUCAUAGUUUCAAUUUGGAAUAUCAGCAUAUAAAGUUGAUGGACAAGGAUGGUCUUACUAUUGAGGAUAAAAUGCCGCAUGAAGAGAACAAAACACUUCAUCAUGUGGUGAGGAGAAUUUUAGUUCAUAUGAGAUGA